UCCCACGCCCCUCGUCCUCACUGCUCAGGAAUCAGGAUCCCAUCCACAUCCAUCGCGGUCGCCGCACUGGUUCGACGAGAAGGUCGCGACGAAUCCGUGACGCCGACGUGGAUUUGCUUUCGUACUUCUGGAAUCGGAAGGCGUGCGGUGAUACCUCUUAUUUGUUUGAAUUGAUUAGUCAGUCGCGAGCGCCACCACUACCAUCCCUUCCUCUGCGUCGUCCUUCUCGCCGCCAUGGACCUUCGCAACCGGCGAGACGACGACGCCCUGAAUGGAGGCGUCGGUGUGGACGAGACAAUGAGGAGGAAGAAGAAGGUGGAGCUGGUGCAGGAGGCCAUCCAUGGCUUCCUGGAGGAGAAGAAGGGGAGCGAUGGCCAGGGACAGGACAAGCGCUUGACGGCCAGGCAGGACGAGCAGGAGCUCCUGUCGUCGUUGCUCACCAAGUUGGGUGAACUAGAAAUCGACGCAGAUUCAGACAUCUUGGAGCCAAGCUCUUCCCACCUGGAUCAUCAGCAGCCUGCAGGCAGGAAAGGCGAACAGAGCAAGGAGGAGGAGGAGGAGGAGGAGGAGGAGGUGGUGGAGCUCGCUGACAUCGCCAAGGACCUGAGCAAGAUCAAGAGGCAGAACAUGAUCACCCACCUGCUCCUCGGCACCGUCAUCGUGCUGACGGCCGUGUGGCAGGUCAACGAGGUGUCGUUCCUGCUCUGGGUGCAGAACAAGCUGAGCAACCCCUUCAAGUCCCUCGGGGACAUGAUCAAGGCCUCCCUCAAGCUUAGAGGGAGGAGGCCCGUGCUCGAGUCGUCGCCGUUGCCGCCGGCCGGCGUCCCCGAUGUCAGCCGGUCUGAUCUGCCAACGCUUGUCAUCGGAGGACAUGGCAGGGAAUAAAGCUUAGGAACGUGGUGUUCCAGUGGUACCCAUCGAGUGCUUGAUCUAUAAAAUGCCCCUCCCGAGCUCAAGCCACUGUGGAUAUGUCUCCUAUUGUUGAUGGCCCUUCACGCCCAAGUGAAGCCGUUAAGCGAGCAUAUCCUGUGAGAAAUGCUGAUAGAAUCAGAGAUGAUGUGAAGAGGAUUAUGAAUGAUGACAGAUGUGUCCGGGUGACCAAUCUUUCAAAUUAAAGGAGGCUCGUGAACAUCAUCUUGUUGAUUUGUUCCGUAUAUUUGGCUUUGUGACCCAUGUCUACAUUCCUGUGGAUGAGAAUGGUUCAAGCAGGGGAGUUGGCUAUGUCAAAUUUGCUCAUAGACGUGAAACUGAGUCUGCCGUCGGAAGAGUCAAUGUGGGUUUAUGUUUAUGAAAACCUUACUUUCCAGUUGGGUGGGCAGCACCAAGAAGGCUGAACUAGCUAGUUUUCUACACUAUGUACUUGUGUGGCAUAUUACUAGUGUCGUUUUUACGUUAGUAUAGGAGACUGAACUAAAUUUUCACGUUAGUAUAAGAGACUGAACUACUUUUUAUACUAUGUAUACUAUGUGUUAGCAUGGCAUAUUCCCAAUGGUGUCCAUGGCAGUGCUAAUGUUAUUUUGUUGCGACAAUAAUAUUGUUAUCUUGUUAAGCCUAGA